AUGUCAGGCUCCAGUCAUGUCGACCAUCCUCAGCACCAUCAUCUCCAUGGCUGUUCUACAGAGACCCAACUGAUGAUGGAUCUAUUCCGCAGAGGAGAGCUGGGACUACUGGGAGGAGGAGAGGGUCUGAGAGAUGACCUGGGCAUUCCCGGCAUCAGCUGGUCGGCCAAUCGGCUGCAAGAGGACAUGUACCCGGCAUCAGGAUUGGCCCUGGCUGCUGCCUAUCAUGAUAUCAAGACCCGGCUGGCCAGUCUGGAGAGGGAGAACAGCAGCAUCAAGAGGAAGCUCAAACACUACGAGGUCAAGUUUCCUAUAAUCAGUGAGUUUGGAGAGGAGCGGGUAAUGUGCUGUUCCUGUGAUCCCCUCAUCAACGACACCAGUGUGAUCCAAUCAGAGACCACCAACCUGCAACAGAGGAUCAACUCUCUCUCUCAGGAGCUCCAGAAGAGUAAGGAAAGAGAGGAGAGGUUGGAGGAAGUCAUCCAGGCUUAUGAGAAGAUUCACCUGGAGAAAAGCAACGUCCAGAGAGACCUGGACAAGAUGACCUCUCUCGCAGAGGAGCAUGUGGAGCAGAUCUGCGGUCUGGAGUCGGCUCUCAGACAGAGAGAAACCUCUCUUCUGAAGCUCAGCGCUCAACUCCGCAGCAAAGACGCACACCAGUCUCACCUCCAGCUGCACGCCAGCCUGGACGUACCCAGAGAGGGCCGCGGGCCUACGCUGCAGAGCUCCCGCAGUCUGGACGCGCUGUCCGACCUGAAGCUGCAGCGACUGGAGGCCGAGCUGGAGGGGGCCCGGCACCAGGCGGAGGGGGCCUGCCAUAGGGAGAAGGAGCUGAGGGCCGAGUUUCAGAGGCUGCAGAAGGAGGUAACAAAGCUGCAGGAAGCACAGAGACAGUCCCAGGAGCCCCCCCCACACUGUGAGCACUGCGAUGUCGAGUGGAUAAAGAAAGCCGGGGACGAACAGGUUAACCUAGCAUUAGCCUACACCGAGCUAACGGAGGAGUUGGGUCGUGUUCGCAGUCUGGCUGUGAAACAGGGCGACCUUCUGCGGCACGUCUCACGGGAGCCUGUCAACCGUCCUUCCCCGGCCCCUCAGCAUCUCUCACCCACCUCCCCCCAGCGCCCCUCACUCUCCCCUGACCGGCUCCACCCCAACCCCUCUCCUCCUCACUCCCCAACCGACGGGCCCGCCUCCUACUCCCAUCAGCCAAACUGCAGCCGUCUCCGGGCCAGGUUCCAGGGUCGACGCAGUUACUCUGAGGUAUCUGACCCCUCAGGCCUCCGCCGGCCAAUGGCUUGGAUGAUGAGGGAUCCGGUAUCGACACUCCCCAAGCCCAGGACCCUCCUGGGGGAGAAGCAGAGUUACGGACAAAACAAACCCCAGCUUCGUACCUCAUUUGGGGGACUGGUGAGACCGGCGUCGGCUCACGGACCUGGAGGGGAGAGAGGAGGAGAAAGGGGAGGAGAGAGGGGAGGAGGUGGCAGUCUGAGCAGCAGUCCUCAUCACUGUGCUCUGGACCGGGGCUUCCCUCUGGCUGCUGAGGUACAUCACUUCUGUCGCCUUGAUAACCCCCCCGAGCCCACCCCACUGGUGACCCCCCCACAGUCCUCUGAUGAUGAAGAGGACGUUUGUACCUAUUUGUCGCCUGCUGCCAGCCCGCCCCGGACCCUCGGCGCUAUUGGGAUUGGCUCAUUGUCACCGAGGGAACAGCCCCUACACCCCUCAUUCCCAUCUCCUAGGAAACAGCCCCACCAUCCCUCCUUCUCGUCCCCUGAGGGCCCUUCCACCCUCUCCUGCCAUAUGCCUCCCUACAUGAACACUGAGCAUGCUCAGUCGUGGCCCUCCAUUAACUUAUGGAUGGAGUCUGAGGAGAGUGCUGCUCGGAGCUGUCCCCUAUGUCAGCUGACCUUUCCAACCGGUUACCCUGACGACGCCCUCAUCAAACACAUCGACUCCCACCUGGAGAACAGCAAGAUCUGACUUUAUUCACAAGCGUUUUAUACCCAUCGUCCCCUGAGACUGGUUUCACCCCGGAACAGUUUGAUGCGCCCGCAUGCUUCUUUCUACAGAACUCACCCAGUAUAGCCCAGCUCUUCUGGUAGACUCCCCUUUGUCCUUCAAACCAUGUAGUGGAUUCUAACCAGCAACUCUCCAGUUACAAAAGGCUUUCCACCCUCCUGGCUCGAGAGUUCAAUAAUAAAGUUGCAGGAUGUACAUCUUUUCAUUUGUGUUCACAGAGAACACCAAUACACAUCUGUCACAUGUCAGUCAUUCUGUGCUAACCACUGACAUACCGAGAGAGCUGGACACAGUGUAAGGGUCUCGUUCAUUCCUAUGAGAGUUGCUCAGGGGCACAUAAAGCCAAAAUGGACUGACACUCAAGUACAAAAAUUCCUAGAUCUUCCCCAUACCUUCCCUAGCUCUUCCCUGGAUCUUCCAGGGAUCUUCCCUGGAUUUUCCCUAGAUCUUCCCUAGCUCUGCCUUGGAUCUUUCCUAGAUCUUCCCUGGAUUUUCCCUAGAUCUUCCCUAGCUCUGCCUUGGAUCUUUCCUAGAUCCUAGACAGGUCCUUUGCUGCAGCCUCCCCCUCCCUCUGGAACUCCCUUCCCAGUCACAUCCGAUCGGCCAACACUCUAAAAGCCCUCGACUCACAUUUUUGCUCUUGCCUUCAACUGGUAAUCCUCUACCCGCCGCCCCUAUCCACCUGGCACUUUUUACAUUUGGAUGUAAUAUUUCUCUACUUGCUUGUGAAGCGUCUUUGAGCAUCAGGAAAAGUGCUAUGUAAAUACCAUGUGUUAUUAUUAUUAUUAUUAUUAUUAUUAUUAUUAUUAUUAUUAUUAUUAUUAUUAUUAUUAUUAUCAUCAUUAUUUGAUCUUCCCUAGAUCCUAUCUGGAUUUACACCGGCUCUUCCCGUGUCUUUCAGCGAUCUUCCACAUCCAUGCAGUCCUUAGAGCAUGCAUACUUUUCCUAAAGCCCUCAUAUCCUGUCCGCUCUCGACUCAGUCAGAUGAAUGGAGACGGAACAUAAUUCUGGAUUUGGUUCUUAGCGCAAAGGGCUAUUCAAGGAUUCGUACUUGAUAUUUGAUUUAGCUCACAAAUGAUUACCGAUUAUGAAAGAUGGCUUCAACGCCUGGAUAUUAUUCCUGGGGUUUUGGUAUAAGAGGGUGUUUUUCAAACAGGCCUGAGUGUGGCAGGAAACAAAGGUAGAAAAGGCGCUCUCAGCCGCAGACCAGGGCGGGAGAAGGAUGUGCAGAGCUGGGAUCAGUCCGACGGCGCAGCAUGCAUCCAGUCCCUGCUGGUACUGCUGUCAUAUUUGUUUGUGAAGGUUUCCAUUUUUCACAAGACCUGCAAUAAACUGCUGUGUUGUACAGUGAUUCAGAGGUUCCAAAAUGUCUGCAGAGGUUUUUUGUUACACACUUGUUUGGCUGCGAUCACACAAUGAACACGUUAUGCUUCAAGGUUAAAACAGCAAGCAGGUCAGAACAAUGGUGAGAGGGAAAGGAAGUGGUCCAAACAAACGUCAAGUAAACUCAACAGUGUGAACUGCUCUGAAGGUACAUGUUCUAAUAAAACAGAGCUGCAGUAGGAACCUACCGCCAUCUCCUGGGUGGUAAUGGAAGUGCCUUGGUUAAACCACAACCUUUAUAUUGAAAAGCAGAAAAGAAUUAGUGUUUUUAAUUUUUUAAUGUUUUUCUCCAAAUUGUUAACUUGAGAACUCGCGUGUCCUUGAAAGAGACAUUUAAUAAUCAUUCACUAUCAUUUUUUUGUGAUUGUCAUUUGCUAUUGUUUUUACUGACAUAAAAGAAAAUAAAUCUCAAAAUAAUUAGAAUUAUGAUGAAUGAUUGUGAGCAAAAUGUUAUAAAAUAGUUAAAAUCCUGCAAAGCUAAUGCAUGAAUAUGAAAAACUGUCGGUUGUACUCAUACAAUCAUGAAUUUAAUUAAUGUAGACUUUAUGACAAAAGAGCAGUUGAUGAAAAUAAAUCUAGUUUUUAAUAUCAAUUAAUAUGACAGUAUUUAAUGAUAUGGAAACCUUUUUUUAACCUGGUUUGUUUCAUCUUUUAGUAACCCUGAUUGUCAUAAUUUCUGAUAAUUUCCAUACAGUAUAUUAUAGUUGUCUGCGAAUGGGGAAAUUAUGGCCUACAAAUAAAAUGAUAUUUUAUCUUAUGAAAAGAUAAGUUACAACUGAAGUAUUUCCAAAUUCUGGCAUAAUACCUCAAAACUAUAGUUAUAUUUAUAGAAUAAUAUAGUUAUAUUUCAUAGCUACGGGAACAUAUUCAUGAGGUAGAAACGUUAUAAUUGAAGUGUAUGGCAUGCAGGGGAAUUUAUGUUUGUAUGGCAAAUACAUUUAUAAACUUGUAAACUAAUCAUUAAUAAUGAUGAGACAUUAUUAUAGCUAGUUUACGAGUCCUUUGUUAGAAAUGACUACAAAUUAUGUAUAUAACUGGGUCUUUUACGUUAUACACCUGAAACUGCAGAGGAUUACAAUGGUAGGAAAAUAAAGUGAAACCAUAUAUAAAGUAUUACUCCAUUGCUCCUGGGCUGAAAAGAAGCAGACUCUUCUUUAGAAAC